AUGUAUUAUCAUCAUCGUGAUUGCUCUUGUACUUGGUGUAUUAAUUAUUUUCGCUGGAUUAAUAUUGAACAAAUUGAAAAUGAUCGUUUUCAUCUUCGCGCUCAAUUGGAAUUAUCACAUACUGGAUCUAUUCCAGCGACUAUUCUUUCACCGCUUAUUAUUAAUGUGAACAAUGUUGGAAUUGUAGUUCAUCAUGAAUCGAUUUCUAUUUCUGGAGAUGCACAUGCUUCCACUGUAGUUCUGAUCAGUGCUCCAUUUAUUGUAUCUGAUUUGAAAGCGUUUCGUAACUUCUCUCGUUCUCUCAUCUUCGAAUCGAAUGUUGUAUGGAAUUUAAAAGCUGAAGCUACAAUACGACCUAUCUUACGUCACAUGAUUUCUUAUUCGAAGAUUCCAUUUAAUAAAGAAGUUACACUAAGUGCGUUAAAUGGUCUUUCCAAUGUAAGUAUUGAUUCAAUCAAUUUAAAUCGAUCAGAUGCACACCGAAUACUUGUCGAUCUUGUUAUCAAAAUAGUUAAUCCAUCUGUAUUUAGUAUUACGCUUGGGCAACUAUAUUUUUCUUUGCAAUACAACAAUUGGUCGAUUGGAUAUGUUGAAUCAACUAGUCAGAAUCUUACACUCUAUCCAGGUGAAAAUAAUAUACAAUUUUUUGGUGAAUUACAAGCGGCAUCCUCUGAGUCUUAUCGUGCUUUGUCUACUGUUAUUCAAAAUUUUCUUACUGGUCAAACGAGUAGAGUAGAAGCAUUAGCUGGUCCCAAUGCUACAUCUUAUCCUAUCUUAGCCGGGGGUAUAAUAGGUCUUUCUUUAAAUGUUGAUAUGCCUCCAUUUAGUGAGCAACUUAUUGCUUCGUUGGUAUUUAAUUCAUUAUCACUGAUUCCGUCGACAAAUCAGAAAACAGUAAAACUUUCCGCUUCUAUUAUUAUUAAAAUAAAUUCACCACUUGGUGAAAAAUCUCCACUCAAUAUUGAGACAAUGAAUAUGAAGGUCUUUCUUUUCUACAAAGGUAAUUCUGUUGGUAUGCUCGAUGUUUCUAAAGCUCCUGUUAAACAAUUAGAUGCAAUAACAUAUACAUCGCAGUUUAACAAUGAAUGCUUAAAUCUUACUGAUACAGGCGUAACGUAUGAAAAAUUUGCUCGAAAAUUUAUUAAUGCUAAUGCAACACAUCCACUUCAUUUUCGUAUUGCUGGUAUGGCGUCUAUUAUCGGUUCAUUUGCUCUUGGUCCUUUGAAUAUUGAUGGAAUUCCUGUCAAAAAUAAGGUAACAUUGAUCGGUCUUAAUGGUCUCAACAAUGUUCGUGUUGAUGGAAUUUCUGUUGAUGGAGAACAAGAUAUUGCACUGCGAAUUUCAAUUAACGCAACUAUUAAUAAUCCAGGUGUAACUGAAGUUCAAUUACGAAAUUUUUCACUUCACAUGGCCUCAGGAGAAAAUAAUACAGUACUUGGUCAAAUACCAAUCAAUAUUCUUGUUUUGCGACCAGGAAACAAUUCUAUUACACUCAAUGGACUUCUGGCUCCAUUAUAUGAAACUGACAUUCCUACAAUUGGUAAAUUCUUUUCAGCCUAUCUUAAUGGUCAAACACAACCAGUGAGACUUUUUCAUGGCCAAAAUGCUGUACCAAAUGCAACUGCAAUGGAUUUAACCAUAAAUCGUCUAUCAAUGAAAGCUAAUCUUGAUGGAAUUCAGACAAAACUAAUUCGUCAAGUCAAUGUUCUUAAUUUUGGUAUCGAAUUCGAUCCAGUUAAUGUAAAUAAAGUUUAUAUAACAGGUCGAUUAUCAAUUUUAUUUGAGCUACCACCGAACAUUCACAUGACAUUUAAAGUAUUAACAACUAGUAUUAAUUUUACUAUGCGUUUUAAUGAUGAACCAAAUAUAGGUCAAAUGAUUCUUAAUGAUAUAUCUGUUGAACAUAAUCAAUUUACAAAUGAACUAUUAAUAAAUUUUAGUAGACAUGAAUUAAUCAUUUUAAAUGAUACAUCGUUUCAAGAGUUUGCUGCUAAUGUCGUUCUUAAAACAAAUGCAUCAGUUACGAUUGAAGGCUUAGCUGCAGCACUUGUUGAAGUUCGAAUAGGCAACAUAACCUUAUUGAAUAUUCCAAUAAACGAUACAAUUCAGCUUGUUGGUUAUAAUCAAUUCAAUAAUGGACUUCUCAACAUUAAUAAUAUAGAUUUAGUGGGAACUUUAUCAUCUCGUAUACUUGCUCUUCACGUACAAACAACAAUCGUUAACCCUUCUGUUGUUAAUAUUCUCAAUGCUGGCCGUCUUUCCCUGAACCUAUGUGAUAUUAGAAAUGGUGCAUCGCUUGGCCUAGUUAGCAUCGAUCCAUUUUAUCUUCAACCACAAAAUAAUCCUACCUUACUCGACGCUGACGGUGUUUUUACGAUUACUCAACAAAAUGCUGAUGCAGCUCUCGAAUUUAUUUCGCGUAUGAUUUCCGGUAUUGACAAUCAAGUAGAAUUACGUGGUGCAUUAGGAGAUAAUUCAACUGGCACAUCUAUACCAUUACUCUCAACAGCUAUUGCCGGUCUUUGUACUCGAACAAGAGUUCCAGGUUUAUCUGGAGACAAAACACUUGUACGAGAAAUUAUUCUAAAACGAUUAACUGCCGCAGAAAUAGUUGGUAUUCCACUUGAUCUCGUUAAAACAUUAUUAGCACGUAUUCGAAUAUCAAAUCCUUUUAGUGCACCUUUAGUCAUUCUAAAGAUGAAUAUAAGAGCUGAUUUUGGUCCUGUAACUAAUGAAGAUCAACAAAUUGCUAUUGUUGAUUAUGAUACACCACUUGCUCUUAAUGCUCACGAAGAAUUGACAACUCCUUAUAUCGUUGUUAAAUUAUCAGGCAAAUUGAAGACGUUGGUGACUCUAUUGGGACCUUUAUUCGCUGGUAAUGCUCAUCUUUCACUAUCAGGCAUUGUUGAUGUUAAGAUUGGGGACGAUUUCGUUUUAACUCAAAUUCCACUAACUAUACUCAAUGUAGUUGCAGAUCAAGAUCAUUCGUAA